ACAUCACACAUUCGGCGUCCGCUGACACGGCGAGGUGCGCCCUGCGCCGUCUCGGUGUUAGCGAGUGUCGCUCCAGUCCGUCGUCGUUAUCGUCGUCGUCGUCGUUGGCCAGUGUCGUCCUCGCCUGCCAGGCCCCCAGGAUGCCGUUCAUAUCCAAGGACUGGCGCAGCCCAGGCGAGGAAUGGGUGAAGACAGUCGAGGGAUGGGAGAAGAAGAAGAUCCUCGAAUGCGCCAACAACAAAACCCUCUCGCUUCUCCUACGCGGCGAAAAAGAUGCCGGCGAUAAGAAAGAGAAGGACAAGAAGAAAGAAAACGCCGUCCAACCACAUUGUCACAUCACGCUGAAGUGUACACGCGAGAUCGCUGGCUUCAAUGGCCUCAGCGACGCUUUGAAGAGGCUGGAUUUCCUGUCCGCAGUACAUGACUGCCGUCGAUUCAAUUACAUAGUCCGUCUCCUGGAUCUCUUGGUCAGUCAUAGAAUGGGUGGUCUUAGCGGAUGCGCUCAAAGAGUGCUCUUCAAUAUGCUCGAGGAAGUCGCUCUGGAAGUGUCACUGUCGCAACAACAGACAGGAAGGUUGCGGCGUCUUAUAGAAAGAGUUCGAGCUUUUAGCGCUGGCUGCUGCUGGGGCGGCAGACCCUUGGGUUCCGUUAUCCUGUGGGAGAAACAUAAAGCAGCUUUGGAGAGAAUAUUGCAAAUCGCUUCGUCAAUCACUAUUACCCAGCCGGAUGAGGAGCAGCAACCUCAGUGGUCGGAUCUGCCGCCUGAGUGCCGUCGAGAGAUCCUCCUACGCUUGAGCGACCCUCGAGACAUCGAAGCUUCUUCCGAGGCGUGCGAACACCUUGCCGUUCUAGCGCAAGAACAGCGAAUCUGGCGCGAGCUUGCCCAGUAUCAUUUUACGCCGCAGCAAAUUGCUACCACUAGACAGAAUAAUCCUGGGAAAGACUGGAAAACCAUAUUCACUAUCGCUCGGAGAUUGUUCGGAUUGCGAGAGGAGUACGCUGAGAUGAUACAAUUAUGCCGUAAUUGCCGCUGCUUGUUCUGGCGGUCGCUGGGUCAUCCCUGCAUCGCAGAUCAGGAUCCUGCGUUUCAAGAGAAACUGGCGGACGUCGACCAAGCAUCUCUCCAUGUGCCGAUCCCUCCGCAGACCUUUCUGAAAUUUUUCUCGCUGUGAAAGCUUUCGAGACACGACUAUAUCGUAAGAGCUCGUAAGAAUGAGUGAUGUAUGUACCGAAAAAAGCGGAAGCUGCGAUGUAACUGCCGCUGUGAAUGACUGUUGCUUGACGGGAUGAAUGCUAUACGUGUGAAAGAAAAUAAUAGAAUGACGUUUAAAGAUGUUGCGCUGCAUUUAGAGAGACUCUGAAACGUUAUCUUCUGAAAAGAUAUAUUUAACUCGAAAUAUAUUCUCUAUCUGUUCUCUCAAUAUACUGUAUGAACCUGAAAGAUAGAUAUCGGUAUUAGGAAUACGUCCUUUGAGAAAUUCGACGCCGACCUUAAUAAAUAUCCGGAGGCCUACUUAUCUAAUAAACGAGCUUGAGUAUUUAAGAGGCUCAAAAGCUGCCCAGAGCCAGGAAAACACAAAGACACGUGUGCCUGCACAAACGCCACACGAUACGCGAAUCAAUAUCUUUUGAAGUUCUAAUUUUAAUUGCUUCAUAAUUAACAGCUCAAGUUUUGUUGAGGAAUAGUCUCUUUCUCUCUCUCCCCUCCUCUCCCUCCCCCUCUCUUUCUCUCUCUCUUUGAUCGUUAAAUAAUAUUCCCUACUGAUUUCCACUUCAUCAGGCUCAUUCUGUAUCUUGAUCGAGUGCAAUUGGUAUUUUCUGAUCGAUGGAAUCUCCCGUGUAAUACGAGAUUUCUGGUCUGGUUUCCUUUGCUUCGAGAUUCCUGUGGCGUGGAUACGUUCUAAGAACGAUUAGGAAGGAUAUUUUCAUUAUCCUUCGAGUUACGGUUGUAUAGAGAGUAGAAGCUAGUCGUAUAACAAUAUUGUUUGCAAUGAAAAAAAGUCGCGUUUAGGAAGAUCGCGUAAGGAUGAUUAUAGAUUUAUACUGGCAUGUUUUCGAUAUUAUUCAAAAUCGAUAAAUGACUGGUUAUGCGGUAGCACCCCUCGAGAGGUACGUCUUCGCUGAUAAUAGUAUCAGUCUUUGCAAGUCUUUCAUCGAUUUAUUAAAAUGCUGAUGAGAAAUCUCGAAGCAGGUUUGGUUUUCUGCAGCGAGAGCCACUUCUUUGUUACUUGGAACGAGCUCGAUCCUAAUUCUUAACAAUGGAAUGAGAAUUUCAUUUUCUCGCGAUUGCGCUAUUGUGCGAAAGCACUCUAAACGUUAAAUUUAUUAUUGCAUGUAUAUAUUUUUCGUAUACGAUAUCGACGAAGACAAUCGAGUCUAUCCUUUUCUUCAUUACAAAACAUUUCGCCGAUCGACGUUAAGAUAUAACGCGUGAAAAGGCUGUCGUACAAGAGCAUUUUUAAAAUGCAAUGGCUGCGUU